CCGGAAGUAAACAUGUGACUAACCUCUGGGGUAAAUCUUAGGACUAUUUUUGCCGGCUAACCACUGGAAUAUCUUUAACGUUCAGAAUGGUUGCAGUUACCGAGACUGGCUCUCUUUAUUCCUCGCCGGUGGCCUUUAUAUACGUUUUUAAUUUGAUUAUUGGAGUUGGAGCAUUGACAAUGCCCAAGGCAUUUGCAAAUGCUGGCUGGCUGAUUGCAUCAGUUCUGAUUGGUGUUUUGUGUUUGAUGAGUUUUAUAACCUCCACAUUCAUGGUAGAGGCAAUGGCUGCUGCUAAUGCCAUGUUACGACUAAAGGCAAGAGAAAAAAGUUUGUCAGCAUCAAUACAUCCUUCUAGUAUUAAUGCAGCUGUAAGUGUUGAUACUGUUGUUGAAAGAGAUGCAUCUCCUAAUGAAUCUGAUGAAGAAGUGCCACUUAUCAAUACGUUGGGUGGCUCAAGAAAGGAGCAUGAUCUCUAUGAAAUAACCAAGCGCGUAGAAAUGGGUCAGAUGGCCAAGCUAUUUUUCAGCAAAUUUGGAUUGCGACUGUUCUACUUCUGUAUCGUUUUGUACCUGUAUGGUGACUUGGCAAUUUAUGCAGCUGCUGUUCCAAAGUCUUUAACCAAAGUGGCAUGCGGAUCUUGGAAUGAAACUGAUUCUACCCAAUCCAACAACAAGCCUUGUCCAGGUUGGGGCUCGGUCACACAAGGCAAUGUUUAUCGUGUCUUUUUAGCCAUUUUCACUGUCACAUUAGGACCAUUUGCAUUUUUCAACGUACAGAAAACAAAGUACUUACAGAUUUUUACCACAAUUAUGAGAUGGAUUGCUUUUAUCCUGAUGAUUGUCCUCGCGCUAGUCAAGAUUGGUAAAGGCCAGGAGGAGCACGAUACUCCUACAGCAAAUUUCUCAGGGCUGCCUAAUCUGUUCGGGGUGUGUGUGUACUCAUACAUGUGCCAGCACUCGCUCCCCUCUCUGAUCACGCCAAUGAAAAACAAGUCGCGUGUCACACUGCUCUUUAUCGCUGACUUCGUCAUAGUCUUGGUGUUUUACGCUCUGUUGUCAUUCACCGCCAUCUUCGCUUUCCGCGCAGAGGACUUGAACGACUUAUAUACGCUCAACUUCAGGAAAACUGCAGGAAGUUUUGUCGGAUAUUUCCUCGCUCUGUUUCCCGUUUUCACCCUCAGCACCAAUUUCCCAAUCAUUUCCAUAACCCUCCGCGACAAUCUAAAGAAUUUAUUUCUCCGUGAAGGACACCCCUACCCCUGGGUAGUGGAUCGGAUCGCUUUUCCACUCGCCACGAUCACCCUACCUAUCUUAGUGGCAUUCAUCACGCAGAACUUGGAAAUACUCGUCGGCGUAACAGGGUCUUACGCCGGCACUGGGGUGCAGUAUGUAAUCCCGGCCUGCCUCGCGUAUUUUGGUAAGAAACAUUUGAUGGAGAUGACCGGUUGCUAUGACAACAAGCACAAGUCUCCAUUCGGAAUAAGUUUCUGGAUCCUGUUCGUGAUUGGCUGGGCGUUUAUCUGUAUAGCUUUAGUGACGACAAAUCAUAUCAUAACCGGAAAAUAACCUGACAGAAUCAUUACCAGAAAUGAAUAAUAUGCUGUGAAAACGAUGGGUGGGCGGGUUUAAGAACAAAUAUAGAUUAUUAUUAUUAUUAUUAUUAUUAUUAUUAUUAUUAUUAUAUAAAUUUAUAAUUAACUGGAAAAUUGAUAGGCUGCUUUAGGUGUUGAGAUUGUGAUAAUUAAGUAAAAACCAGAGGACACAUGGUGGAUAUGAAUAUGAUUUUAAAGUUGCUGAUUUGUUUUCGAUUAAUUGUCGAUCACAGUAAGUGGGUAACGGUUGAUGGUUUUGUCUGAUCAUCCUGGUGAGAGUAGGACUCUUGUUGGAAGAGUCAGGGUUUAUUGUAGAAAUCGGUCGAAGAGGGUCCAGUGGGCCCCUUCAACUUUCAAUGGAGGCCCUUUGUCAAGAAAGGGGGCCAAGAUAGCGGGUACCCAGAAAGGUGUGUAAACUUGACUGUGACAAUGUGUAUAGUCUAGUCAGUGAGAAAAGUAGGAAGAGAAAAGGAAAGCUGCGCUCUUGGGUAAACCUUGGCAGUAGCUGAUUUUUUGACAAAUUGAGAGGAGUGAUCAUAGUCAAGUGAGGAGGUGAUUGUCGGUUGAAUCUUAUUAUAAGUUUGGUUCGUGAAAAGUAAGUGGUUGGUUUUGAUGUGAUUUUAUAGGCUGUUAGAUUCAAAUCAUUGUGACCGAUAACAUUACUUUUCACGUCCAGAGGAAUGCAUACUUACCAUUUUAUUGAUUUUCAAUAUCCAGAAGUUAAAUACUGUUUCACGGGCUUAACUGAAUCACUCCUUUCGUAAAAAUAAAGGCCUAUGGAAUAAAUUAUUUUAUAGUGAUGUUGUAA